AUGUGGUUACGAUUCUUCUUAUUGUUGCUUUACAUGCCUUUUUCGGUUCUUGCCGUGGGUCAUCAUCACUCUCAUUUGCAUCCUCACCACAAGCACGCCUCCAACAGCUCGUCUCACGACGCGUCGAGCAUUGAUGCUGCUCGUAAGCUCUUGGCCGCUGGUCAAGCUGCCAUGGCCCAUGCCAACCGCGCCAUCAUUGCCAACCCUCGUCCAAACCGGUUGGAAGUGCUCAACUCUACAGAAAUUAGAAAGACUGAGAAGGCACCUCCACCGUUGGACUAUCGCAACAGCACUUCAAAGUCACUCAAUGCUAGAGAUUCAGGAAAUGGAACAUCCAAAGAUCUUCGCUAUUCUGUUCCAGAGGAACUCAUCAAAGCUGCCCGCUUUCUUUCGGAGAACUGGAAGCCAUCUGCUAACGACCUCGAUGGUGGCUACGCGGCUGACGUUCAACACUUGAAGGACACCUUCUUGUACAACAACAAUGACACCAACAUGAUGCCCCCCAUGCUUCAGUACGACUCAGGCUUGAUCAAGCCUGUCCUCGAGCCGCCGUCUGCCUUUCGAUACAGUGAAAAUGAGACUGAUGUACCUGAACAUGUAGUUGACAAGGACAAGAACCUACACAAGAAAGCCAGUUCAGACUGGUGGAUGGCUACUAUCUCUCAGAGAGGUUCCAGUCCGUUUGCUCCGUCUGGAUAUCAAGUCUGGCGCGAUGUCAAAGACUUUGGCGCCAAAGAUGCAAUCAACAAGGCCAUCUCCAGUGGUGGCCGAUGUGGCGGGGGCAAGUGCACGGGAAGCACCAUCUACCCGGCAACCGUAUACUUCCCUCCAGGUACAUACAAAGUCAGUUCUUCUAUCAUUCAGUACUACAACACGGAAAUUAUUGGCAAUCCACUUGAUCUUCCUACCAUUAUCGCGGCACCAAGUUUCGUCGGUCUCGGUGUUAUCACUUCCAACGUUUAUACAGGAGAGACCUCCGAAUGGUACCUGAAUCAGAACAACUUUCUUCGGAGUGUCCGCAACUUCAUCAUUGAUGUCCGCCCAACACCUGCCAACGCGCAAGUCUGUGCGAUUCACUGGCAAGUUGCGCAAGGUACUUCACUCAAAAACAUCCACUUUUACAUGACGAAGUUCAAGGAUGACCCCAAGACAACGCAGCAGGUCAGUGCUGCAAUGAAGCUUCAGCGAUCGCAAUUUGCUGACGGUAACUGCAGGGCAUCUACAUGGAGAACGGUAGCGGGGGCUUCCUUUCCGACUUAUACUUUGUCGGAGGAAAGUUUGGCCAGUGGUCUUUACUUCGAAGAGGCCGAGACGGCUAUUCAGAUCCAUUGGGAUUGGGGAUGGACCAUGCAGAACAUUGUCGUUGACAACUGCAACACUGGUCUCACCAUUGUUGGCGGCGCAGGAGGGCCUAUGAGUACUGGUCAGGGAAUCGGCUCUCUUCACUUGACCGACCUACGCUUCCAUUACGUCAAAGUCGCAGUCUCAACCUCUGUCAUGUCCGACAACUCCACCGCUUUGCUACUCAGUAAUUCGGGCUUCUACAACGUCGACACUAUCGUCCAAGACACUUUCAAGAACCAAGUUCUUCUUCGGGGCGGUAAAGGAACUGUGACUGUCGACACUUGGGGUUUUGGCAGAGUCACCAGCGCCAACGGUACGACCGCCUUCCACAAUGGCGCCAAUCUCGACAGCCCAGUGAGAAACGACUCUCUCGUCACUGGCGGACGAAAGCAGUUCUUCACUCGGCGCCGCCCAAAGUAUGACGACCUAGGCUUCAGUCAGAUCCUCGAUGCCAAGGCGUACGGUGCCAAGGGUGAUGGCAAGACUGAUGACACAGCUGUCCUGAAACACCUCUUUUCGGCUGCCGCCAACAUGUCUGCGAUUGUAUAUGUUCCAUUUGGUGUAUAUAUCAUCACAGACACUGUUGAAAUUCCCGUUGGUUCGCGGGUUAUCGGGCAGGCUUGGCCCCAGAUCAUGGCUACUGGCUCCAAGUUUGCCGACGCCCUCAAGCCUCGUGUCGCUGUUCGUGUAGGCCUUCCGGGCCAGGUUGGCGUUGUCGAGAUCCAAAACAUGAUGAUGACGGUCAAGGGAGCUACGGCGGGUGCCAUCAUGAUGGAGUGGAAUGUACACGAGUCUGGCCAAGGCUCGGCAGGUCUAUGGGAUACCCACUUCAGAGUUGGAGGCGCCGCGGGAACAGAUCUCACAGUCAAGGACUGCCCCAAGCUAUCUGGCAAGAUCAAUCCAAACUGUGUCGCAGCGUCUCUUAUGCUUCACCUGACCCCCGACUCUUCUGGUUACUUCGAGAACGUCUGGAUGUGGACAGCAGAUCAUAACUUUGAUACUGCCGACCAAACCCAAGUGGACAUUUACGUUGGUCGAGGGAUGCUCAUCGAGAGCAAGGGUCCAACAUGGCUCUGGGGUACAUCAGUCGAACACUGCAUACUAUACCAAUACCAACUAUCUAGUGCUCGGAAUGUUGUUAUGGGCCUUAUUCAGACCGAAACUCCCUACUUUCAGUCUUUUCCAGAAGCUCCAGCGCCUUUCAAACCAGGCGCUUUCCCUAACGAUCCUGAGUUCCACAACUGUACCAAGACCUCCAAGUCUUGUGCUAUGGCCUGGGCUCUACGUAUCAUUGACUCGUCGGCAGUCCACGUUUUGAGUGCUGGUCUUUACUCCUUCUUCAACCGUUACGACCAGACAUGUCUCAACUCUGGGAGGCACGACUGCCAGGACAAGAUCUUCUAUACGGAGCAGAGCUAUGAUGUCUGGGUUCAGAAUCUCGUCACGCUCGGCAGUAUCGAGAUGGUCAGUCCCCUUAACGGAGUUCCCACGCUGGGCAAGCCAAACAGAAACGGGUUCGCUUCUUCGAUUCUGGCCUGGCUUGGAGGUUCCAAGAAUAUCACCGGCCAGCGCACCUUUGAAGGCUACAGGAUCCAUACUGAGAAGACGCCUGACAUUGACCGUUUCCCUGAGGCCUGUCAGAAUGCUCUUACAUCUCUUAUACGCUGUGACAACUAUACAGAGGAGUGGACAACGGCUUCAUACCACGGAGUUCUCCCUAGGGAGGUUGACGUCGAGUCUGUCUGCGACAAGGGCUGUGCACAGGCUAUCUCAGAUUGGCGAUCAGCCGUCAAUACCUACUGCGGUAAUGCGACGUGGCAUAAUGGUGUUGCUGCUGGUGUCUUGGGGUCUUUCGUUUCACAAGGUAUCAACGAGACAUGUCAAACAGACAAGACUGGAAAAUACUGCAAUGAUAUCAUCAACAAGUUCACUGUUGUCAACAGUAUCGACAAGAUGCCAACCAACGAACUCUGUUCCGACUGCUACGUCGGUCGACUCAAGAUGAUGCAGGCUAGUCCCUUCUCGUAUUACAACCGAAAUUCUUUCUUCGAGAGUGCUCUGAAGCAAGCAGUCAAGCGUUGCUCGCUGUCGAAUCAACCCACCGCCGCCAAGGAUUCGCCUUUCCCCCCAGAGCCUUCCGAACCCGCCUUCUGUCUCUCUGAAGUCACGUACACCACCAAGGCUGGCGAUACCUGCGACUCUUUAGCCACUAAGUACAGCGUCUCUUCAGCGGCAUUAUUCAUGGGUAACCCCGGUAUUAUCAACUGCACCAACAUCGUCGAAGGAGUUAAUCUCUGUCUACCGCUCCAGUGCAAGACAUUUACGCUCGAGAAGGACGACAGCUGCAUGUCUGUCGCCGCAGUCACAGGACUUGAUCAGGGAGACAUUCGCUCUUUGAACCCUUGGGUCCAUCCACUUUGCAACAAUCUUCAGGACGGCACCGAGACUCUCGGUCGAGUCAUUUACAUUACACCGCCUGGUGGCAAGUACGACCACGACGUGAACACCACCAACUCAGACCCCGCAUACUCUGAGUAUGCCGACAAGGCUAUUUCACCACCCAAUGGAGCGACUCUGGCUGAUAAGACCAUCAAAGACUGUGGCCGAUGGUAUACCGUUCAAAAGGGAGAUAACUGCGCUGUAAUUCUGGUCCAGUAUCACAUCAGUCUUCCCCUCUUUAUACAAGCCAACCCUUCAGUUUCGGAGGGUACUUGUACCACCGAUCUUGUCCCAGGCCGAACUUACUGUGUCGGUCCAACCAAGGAAGCUUUCGCGGUCAAGCCUCAGCCCGUUCCUCCUUUCCAUCGCUUCGGAUGCUUUGCCCGUGAGGCAGAUACUAAGAAUCGCACUGUCUUGACUCUCACCAAAGCCGAACACGUCAAGCCCAUGUCAAUCACAGCUUGCCAAUCCUUCUGUUUACAGCGGGGAUGGACGGUUUGGGGAAUACAGAACGGCGACUCAUGUUUCUGUGACAAUCAACUGCGUAUGGAUAGUCAGAUCAUUGACGAUUCCAAGUGCAACAUUCACUGUAACGGUAACACUACAAACGUCUGCGGCGGUAAGGAUGCUAUUGAAGUAUUUGGGGAUCAGGAUAUGUUGCGUGUUGAGUACGCUAGUCUAGGCUGCUACUCGUGGAGUAAGCAAGCCAUACGUGGUACUACAGGUGGCGACACUAUAGAGCCUCCCGAUGAGAUGUCUGUCGAUGCGUGCGCAAGUCUGUGCACUGUGACCAAGAAAUCCGACUUCUUUGCUCUCUGGGAGGGCAAACUCUGCACUUGCGGAAGGGAAAUGACACCAGGAGCUAAGACGACUAGUAUGGAUGAAUGCAAUGUAGCUUGUAGCGGUCAGCUUGGAGACAUCUGUGGUGGAAAAGGAGUGGCAGAGGUCUUUACAACCAAGACCAAGAAUAUCAUAGCUAGCUAA